GGUGAUUGAGGUACUGCGCCUCUGGCCGUGGAAGCAUGUCGGGGCCAGUGCCAAGUCGGGCCAGGGUCUAUGCAGAUGUGAACACUCAGAGACCCCGCGAGUACUGGGACUACGAGUCGCACGUCGUGGAAUGGGGCAACCAAGAUGACUAUCAGCUUGUGCGGAAACUUGGCCGUGGCAAGUACAGUGAAGUCUUUGAAGCCAUCAACAUCACCAACAAUGAGAAAGUGGUUGUGAAAAUACUCAAGCCUGUGAAAAAGAAGAAGAUCAAGCGUGAGAUUAAGAUCCUGGAGAAUCUCCGAGGUGGCCCUAAUAUCAUCAGCUUGCUAGACAUAGUGAAAGACCCUGUGUCUCGCACACCUGCCCUGGUCUUUGAGCAUGUCAACAACACAGACUUCAAGCAAUUGUACCAGACACUAUCUGACUUUGACAUACGGUUCUACAUGUAUGAAAUCCUAAAGGCACUGGACUACUGUCACAGUAUGGGUGUCAUGCAUCGAGAUGUCAAGCCACACAACGUGAUGAUCGACCACGAACACAGAAAGCUGCGCCUGAUAGACUGGGGGCUGGCGGAGUUCUAUCACCCCGGCCAGGAGUACAACGUGCGAGUGGCCCCUGGCGUUUGCCUCCCGCCUCUCUUUUCUUGGCUUUUCCAGAUGUACGACUACAGCUUAGACAUGUGGAGUUUAGGCUGCAUGUUGGCCAGUAUGAUCUUCCGGAAAGAGCCCUUCUUCCAUGGUCACGACAACUAUGAUCAACGGGGCCGCUGCCGGGGGCUUAGCAAGGCGCGAGGCUCACGCUCAUCUCCUCCUCGCAGACACUCUCGGAAGCGGUGGGAGCGCUUCGUGCACAGUGAGAACCAGCACCUCGUGAGCACGGAGGCGCUCGACUUCCUGGACAAGCUGCUGCGCUACGACCACCAGACACGACUCACUGCCCGGGAUGCGAUGGAGCCCCCGUAAUUCUAUCCCAUAGCAAAAGACCCAGCAAGGAUUGGCACCUCGGCUGGACUCUCGGCCAGUAACACGCCUGUCAGCUCCUCCAGUAUGUUGGCAGGUAUUACCUCGAUGUCCGCGUCCCAGCCCAUCGGCAGGAGCCUCGCUGCGUCGCCCGUCAUCUCCUCUCCAAACGCUUUGGGCUCGCCGGUCCCCGCUGCCGCCGGAGUGCAGCCCUGAACUCAGUUCUCGACCUCUGGCUUCUCGCACCGCCGAGGCCGGUGCCGCGCCUGCCUUCUGCCCUCCUGCCUGCCCCUCCGAGAGCUGUGGGGCUCUGGCCGCCCACCAGCAGCCACUUCCCAGAGGCAGAAAUGGGGUGGGGGUGGGGGUGCUCUGGAAUUUUAUUUUUAUUUCAGAUGAGUAUGAAAAAAAAAGAGCAAAAAAAAUGUAGGUUCCUUUUUUUUCUCUGUGCAGUAACAAUAUCGCACUCUCUGGCUACGGACCAAGGCUGAUCUCUGUUGUGUCUGUGUCGGGGUAAGGAGUUAGCUGCAUUCUUCUCAUGAGGAUCAUGGUUAGUGAUGCAACUACAGUGUAGAAAUCUAAAAUGGAUAAUAAAAUUUAUUUUCUAUGUCCCUAACAGGA